AUGGCGGACGUCUCGUGGUCGCUGCCCUUCUUCGACCCGUCUCCUCACUUGGCUGUGGACCGCCGGUAUGCCUUGAUUAUCCUGAACCAGCCUUUCUCGUUCCCUCUGCUGAGGAGGCUCUGGAACGCGUGCUCAUGGCGCUGUUGUGCGGACGGAGGAGGAAAUCGUUUGCACGACUUGCUGAAGGAUAUUCAGGAGGGUGACGGUCAAAGAGACCAGAGAUCAUUGUACCGACCUAAUCUCAUCAAGGGCGACCUCGACUCGCUGAGGGAUGACGUGAGAGAGUACUAUGCGUCCCAUGGCGUCCCAGUGGUCCACGAUCCCGACCAGUACGCAACCGACCUGAUGAAAUGCAUACGCGCGCUCGAAGAGAAGGAUACAGCUGAAGGGACUCAGUCUGACCUCAUUCUCAUAGGCGGACUGUCCGGAAGACUCGACCAAACAGUUCAUACACUCUCGCUUCUACACAAACUACGCAAGGGGCGCAUGCGCAUCUUCGCCGUAACAGAUGACAACCUCGCCUGGGUCCUAGAUGAGGUACGCUCCAUCACCCUAGCCCUCAAACCCCCAUUUCCUGCCUCUACUUCCGCUUCCAUGCCUAACACACAUUCCACCAUCCCACCAUCCCAGGGCACCCACCACAUAACCGUCAAUCAUGCCGUCUUCGGGCCGACCUGUGGCCUACUCCCCGUUGGGGUAGACUCGACGGUUCUCACCACCACCGGCCUGCGCUGGAACCUUACGGACGCCGAGUCGUCGUUCGGCGGCCUCGUCUCGACGUCGAACCACCUCGUGCCCGAGCAGAAAACCGUCACGAUCACGACGUCGAAGCCGAUAUGGUGGACGAUGGAGCUGCGCCCGGAGGGCUUGCGGUGA